CAAUUUCACCACAUCUUACUUGUUUUUAGCAAACUAAUCAUAAAUUUUAACUAGAAGCGUAUAACGCACUAACGGUAAAACAUGGUUAACGUUGAAGUUUUUGUCUACGAUCGCAGGAAAGGUGAUAAACCCGAAGUGAAACUGCAAGUUGAGAGCGAUGGCUUGAGCUUCUCCGAAUUCAAACAGACGCUUUGCAAAGUAUGUUUGCGUUUUAUGCUCGCGUUUUAUAUCUUGUUAUCUGUUAAUGUAGUAUAAGCGAUGUCUUAUGCAUGAGAUAUACACUGCAUAGUAGCUCUUUUUGUCUGUAAAUUAUUUAUUUCGAAAAUUUUAGGAGUUUAACAUUGGGAAAGACGAGCUGUUUGUCAUUGUGAAUACCAAUCGAGGUGUCAUCGAUUCCGAUGCGGCUUUGGGUAAGUGAUAACAGGAUUUAUUUGAACGACGGUUUGUAAAAUUGAGCUUAUCUCAAUUUGAGCUCUAUCUAUCUUUUUUUAGAAAUUUAAGUGUAGGAAGAUAGUGUAUUUAAAAAUUGUUGACAUAUACAGUAUGCAUGACUCAAAGGCUUUUGGGCACUUAAACAACGCGUUGCACCUGUCAGACAGAUGCUAACACUGCCAACAGCAACAAAUGCGAAAUUGUUUUUGUCAAAAAGGCCUGAGGGGGCAUGAUCUUUUGGUGUAUAGAUUUCGGUUAGGGGCGUGUUCUGUUAUUACAAGGAGGUCGUAUUAUCUAAAGAAUUCUUAAUCAUAGAAUAACAUGGCACUAUAAAACUAAUUAACCCAUUAGUGCAACACACUUUGCUCAGGGCUGUUUGCAUGAUCCCACUUUGCCAAGAUGAGAGGUCAUAAUAAUUCACGGUUCAUAAUUCGGCAAGAUUGCAUUCUUUUUCAAGCGAUGAAUUACGGUAUAAUUGUAAAUGAAAAGUUGUUCAAGCAGUAAUAUAAUAACCGUCUUGAACUACGAGAUGUUCUCGCCAACAUUUUAAUCCCUUUAACCUAAUGACUUAUUUCAAGAUAGAAUUUUAAAUUGUAGCUGCAAAAUUUAAAGGAUGUCUGCACACUUUUAUGCAACAUACUUUGACAAUUAUUUACAGAACUUUAUGGUGUGUAGUAGUAGGGUGUUCAAUUGCGAUAAUUAUUAAAAACUAGUUGCACAAAAAACUAGUUGCAUUUCUGCCUUGUUAGUAUUAAAUUAAACAAGUUGUCGAAGUGAAUGCAAUAAUGAUUAUAAGGAGAAAAUGAUUAGAAUGUUUUACUGUUUUGAACACUGUAUGUGACUUCAAUUUUGCUCUCCCAGUAUUACAGUCAAUUUCAGCUGACAUUUUCAUCAUAAGAUUCCGAACUUCGUUCCGAACUUCGCAAAUUUGUUGCGAAGUUCAAAAGUUCAUAAUGAAAUUCACAAACAGGUUUGUAAACAAAGCCUCUGAUUGGCUAUUAAAUCAAACCAGCCAAUCAAAUGCCCAGUUUACAAACCUGUUUGUGAAUUUCAUUAUGAACUUUUGAACUUGGCAACGAAUUUGUGAAGUUCGGAACGAAAUUCGGAAUCUUACGAUGAAAAGUCAGCUGAAAUUGACUGUAAUAUGAUAAAAUCUCACAGUUUUUUAAGGGCCAAAACGUGAAAUCUCCCUGUUUUGAAAUUUUAAGGUUGACAGAUCUGAUUCUAUUGGUGCUCUUGUACUGGUUAAUUUCAAUCAAUCUUUUGUGUUUUAGAACAACUCCUUCAAGAAAGUAGUACACUUUACAUCCUGAAUGCUGUUGACCAAGAACUUAGUGCACCAACAUAUGAACGGGUUGAGUACAUUCCCCACUACGAUACGUUGGUGAAAAGUGGAAUUUAUGAAUAUUAUGCAAGUGAAGGACAGAAUCCCUUGCGUAAGUGAUAAUAGACCAAAUGGAUUCAAAGUUGUCGCAUGUUAUUAAUAUCAGAUUUACCAAGCAAGCCUGACUGGCCUUGUUUUGGAGCUUUUUGUACAUUUCAAAGGGCCGUAAUUUUACUUACCGUCCAUUGGAUCAUUUUCAAUUUUAUAAUAAACCUGGCGUUUGCAUCAAAUAUAUAAAAUAAUACAAAAUUGUGGUUGGCUAGUUUUCGAAUAAGUCAAUUAAAUAAUAAACACAUUUAUUAACUUAACAUCCCCCAUCUGAAAAUCAACACAUUGUAUUUUACAACUAUGUUGUUUAUGGCCAGCGUGGUUAUUAUAAAUAAAUUUGUAAGUAAGUAUUAACCCUUUAAGUGGCAAUGCACCGAUAUGUGCCCUACUUUAUUAUUUUACUCUGUUUAACACCAGACGAUUUUACUCAUCAGGGGGAGUCAAAUGCUGCCACUCGAUGGGUUAAUUAUGAAAAAAAUUGAAAUUUGGCCCAAAAAAUAUGAAGGUUCUAACUAAUUUUCACAUUGUUGAUCUCAAUUGCAACUCAGGUCCUGUUUCGUCCACCUGUCAUUAAUGUAAAUUUUAUACUCACUGACAAACUCAUUAAAUUCAAGAAAUAAUGCAGAAUUUUGCAUCUUAUGCUUUAUGCAUGAGAGUUGGAAAGUCUGCAUGUACUACAAUUUGCUCAGUAUAUACUACAAUUUGCUCAGUAUAUACCACAAUUUGCUCAGUAUAUACUACAAUUUGCUCAGUAUAUACUACAAUUUGCUCAGUAUAUACUACAAUUUGCUCAGUAUAUACUACAAUUUGCUCAGUUAUACUACAAUUUGCUCAGUAUACAGUAUUUGCUCAGUAUACACAUUAGAUAUCGGGGUGUCAAGGUGUGGAAUGCACUCAGUGAUUUUGACAAAAGAUUGUCAUUCACUCAGCUCAAACGAAAACCUAAAGCUAAUUUUGUUGAUUCAUACUAAUUUAACUUUAAAAAAAAUUCAGAAAGUAGUUUUUUAUAUCAUUUCUUUUCUUUUCUUUUUGGUUCUUAAUAUCUUGCUGCAUUAAUUCCUUUUAUUAUUAUUCAGUAUCUUUGGCCUCCAGCUCUGAUUAGCUUAUUGGUUAUUUUGGAGAGCCUGCUUCACUUUAUUUAGAAUUAUACUAACUAAGUAACUAAUGAAUGAUUGUAAAAAUUGUAGUGAAGCAAUAUAACUUCUUAACUUCUUUUAAGUUUGAAUGCCCACCAGAUUAAUUAUCAUGCUGUAUCUCUUUUUAGCAUUUGCUUUUGCUGAGUUAGUUGACAAUGCUUUGGCUGCAACGGCUGGGAAUAAAGGACUCCGAAAGAUCGAGAUACAACUGGUAUGUUCGACACAAGUCAUUGACAGUUUGCAAUAUCCAAAAUCAAAUUUUAGUGACCUGUGGAUAUCGGGAUUUCUAAAAUUUCAGACCCUGAUUGCCGUAUGAUUUUAUAUUGAUUUUUACCGCAAUAGAUGUUUGAUGAUGCUCUUGGAAAGCCCGCUAUCUCUGUCUGGGACAAUGGCCAGGGGAUGACGUCAAGAGCGCUGAACAAUUGGGCCAUCUACAGACUAUCAAAGUUCAACAGAGAUGAACAUUUUCGGAAGUUAGUAAAAUUUUUAACAACUACUUUUUAAAUGUUAAAAUUAUAGAAACACCAUUUUUGCGAUACAGCAGCUCUUUCUCUAAUUAACCCAUUGAGUGGCAGCACUCUCCCCCUGACGAGUAAAAUCGUCCGGUGUUAGACAGAAUAAAAUUACAGAGUAGGGCGCAUCUGGGCACAUUGCCACUUAAAGGGUUAACAGGGUGCAUGGGCAGAUAGUCUGAUUAACCCAUUGAGUGGCAGCACUUUCCAGGCCUGACAAGUAAAAUUGUCUGGCGUUGUUAGACAGAAUAAAAUGACAAAGUAGGGCCCAUCUGAACGCAUUGCCUCUUAAAGGGUUAAAAUAAAUUUUACUUCAGCCCCUGUACGGAAUAAACAAGUUUCAGGAAACAUAUUUCAAGAAUUUUAACGUUCACUUAGCCUACUGUGUUUUGUUCUUUCCUAGACCAACCGAUGGUCCUCGUCCCCCGUUAGGAGAUGUUUCGAGAUACCUAAACAGUGAUAUAUCAUGGUUUGGAGUUGGAGGAAAGCAAGCUAUAUUUUUUAUUGGAAAUGCAACAAGAGUAAGUGUACCAUACAGAUGCUUUGUGUCAAUAAAGCUAAUUGUAAAUAGCCUAGGUCUUUGGUAAUCCUUUCCUUCCGGUGACAUGUGUUCUCCCGCUGGUGCUCUGUAUAUACAGUAUGCGAUAUGAUUGUAAACUGUAAAGCGUUUUAUUUCAUUCUUGUCUGAUGACAGACGACUUUGAAAUAAAAUUGAAAAUUCACAGUUUCAAACUUUCGUCUUGCAUCAAUUCAAUUCUUAGGAGGUUAUGUUUUUAUGGAGGUUUUUAUGUGGGUGUGUGUAUGUUUGUUUAUCAGCUUCAUAACUCAAAAAUUAUCAAAUGUAUUAGGCCACAUAAAAUAAAUUCCUUGAUUCUCAUCACCGCCCGACUGUAUUUUAAGAGCCGCGUGAAAUUUUUAAAUAUUUUGUUAUACAAUAUAAAUGUACCGCGCGCCCGACAAAAUAUUUCAAGACAGUUAAUUUUUUAUGUUUUAUAUUGGGGUUUUAGUGCCAUUUUAAACUGCCAAUUUCAAACAAAUAGAACCUUGAAAGAAAUUUCAUUGCAUUUUAACAGAACUUCGCAUUCAGUUCAAGGGCCAGUCAUUGUUCGUGGAGAAAUAUGUUUAUUUCAGUUUGUGACACUUUUAUUUAAUAUAAUUGAUAUAUAAAUUAUAUAAAUAUAAAAUAUAAACCUCCCGCCUCUUCGACAUUUUCUAAGUGUAGUGAUGAGAAUCAAGGAAUUUAUUUUAUGUGGCCUUAGUAGGAAAAUUUGUGGGUCUAAUAUGCAACAUUGCUACAUCACUAGAUGAUCACGAAAACUGACAAUUGUGCUGACGUGCAUGAGUUGUGUAUCUCAAAGGAAGAGUUUGAAAGAAAAGAGCAACGAAGGGAGUCCAUCUACAGUGGCCAGAUUUAUAACAGACGGGUGAGUCUUAUUUCAAAUGUUACACAUGGCCGGAUUUUGUGUGUGGGGGGGGGGGUGCACGCCUCCCCUGAGAUCGUUUUGCAGCUCCCCCUGAAAAUUUUCGCACCUCCUCUGAAAAGUCAUGCACUUCCCCUUGGGAAAGUUUCAAUGAUAGAUCAAAGUGAAAAUUUGAUGGUUGCUUUGGUGAUCAGGGGCUUUAAGGUGUCUGUUUUGAUAUGUUCUAGUCUGGAGAUUGUGUGCAUAUAUCGGAAGAAGACGAGAACGUACGAGAAUUAAUCAGAGCUGAGGAAAAACAUCCAAGCUUUACUUCGGUCGUUAUAACUGGCAUCAAUUCUACGAAGGUGCUCUAUCUUCGAUAUCAUUUUGAUUACUGGUGUCAGCAACUCGCGUAAGUAUAUUAAGAAAUAUUUCACAUCGAACUAAUGGACCAUUUGCAUUAUAGACUAAAUUUUGAUGUAGACAAAAAUUUCAUCACAGCUUGAUAGAGCAUCACAAAAUUAGUAAUAUUCCAAAGUUUCGUUGCGAAAUGUUGUAAAAUGCGGAUAAUAUAGCCAUGCGAAGUUUGCCGUUUUUCAAUCAUUUUGUAUUACGCACGGGAAAUUGACAGCCCAAUCGGGUGUUGGGGCAUCAAUUUCCCAUUUGUAAUAAAAAAUGACUGAAAAUUGCAAAUUUCGCAAGGCUAUAUUAUCCGCAUUUUACAACAUUUCGCAACGAAACUUUGGAAUGUUACUAAUUUUGUGAUGCUCUUUCAAGCUGUGAUGAAAUUUUUGUCUACAUCAAAAUUUAGUCUAUAAUGCAAAUGGCCAUUAAUAUACUCUUUCGAUAAUUACGUCACAACUGCACUGUUUUCAACUUAUCAUCUUAAAUGGAACCAUCUUAAAUGGAAAGGAUUUCAAGUUUUUUCUCAUGGGCUAUGCACAGAGAAGCAGAACAUCCUUCUUCAACACAUGCAUCAAAAAGAAUUCUUUAUUUUGAACAAUAAAUGUGGAAAUAAGCUUUAACACGAAAACGUGACUCCCGAUCAUGACCUGGAGCCUCGUUUUCGUGUUAAUGUUUAUUUCCAUAUUUACUGAUCAAAAUCCAAAAUGUUUUUUCACGCAUGUGUUGAAGAAGGAUGCUCUGUUUCUCUGUGCAUAGCCCAGGAGAAAAAAACUUGAAAUCCUUUCCAUUUAAGGUGGUUCUAAGUUGAAAACAGCGUAGUUGUGACCAAUAAAUGUGACGUAAUAAUCGAAAGAGCAUACCUUAUUAUAGGAAAUUAACGAUGCACUUUAUUAACGCGACGUAAAUUAACGUGUCAUCUAAUUAACGCGAAUUGCUUUCAGGUACUUCUAAAAUUGAUUAAAUUAACGCGAAUUUGACAGUUUAUGGUUAAUUUAACUAACGCGAGUCGAAGAAUAUAAACACAACAGCAAAAGUAUUACAUACUACCAAUUAAAACAGUACGCGAGUAGAUAUAUCAAAACUGUAACGUUGAAAGUUACAGUAAUUUAAGCCAAUGUAUAUAAAUAUAUAUAGUUCAGCUUAAGAUUCUGACAGUGACAGUGAAGAGGUGGACUGAUGUUUUUGUUUUGAGGUUUAAUAUGAUGCAUUUUGUGUUAAAAGAGUUCGUGUUAUAUAAAACAAAUCAAGGUCUUUUUAAUUAACGAUAACUAAAAUUUGCAUGCUUGAAAUUAACGAUAACAUAAAUUAACAUUAAUUAAGUUAACGCGAAUUUUUAAAAUCCGCGUUAAUAAAGUGCAUCGUUAAUUUCCUAUAAUAAGGUAUUACAGCCACACCUUAUGAAGUAUCUCGAUGUUUCGUACAGGCACAUCUAUCAUUAUUAUCUUCAUGGACCACGAGGAAAUGAGAGACGACCCGGAAAAGGCAGCGCCCCUUUUAGAAACAUCGAUAUCCAGGUUCGUACCAUUGGGCUUUUUAAGAGGAUUUUUUUAUGCAUUACAUAUAUAAACAUGCGCUCAAAACUAAACUUUUUAAUUUUUACGCUCGCAUUUUUUGCUGCGAUACACAAUUUCAUCAAUUCUCAUCCAUGAAUUAUUUUGAAUUCACUGAUUCAUAAUAACGGAGUAUUUUUGUACUAAAUCUGCAUGUGCAUAAACAUAUAGUGUUCUAGCUGACCAUGGUUUUAAAUCCAAGAAAUAAUGUCUGUCAACCAUAUGUUGUUGCACCCAUAGUGGGACAUGGGUGUUAAGAUUUUCAAUGGCAAAUCUUCAUUCGAAUUUUCUGCAGCUGGUUAACAUUUCUUGCGAGCAGUACUUGCGUGCUCGCCUAUUUUUCCCACCCCUGUAGAGCUUAGUCCUUAGUUUGGAUUUCGAUGGUAGACAAUAUACUAUUACAAACCUAGACUGUCACACGAUUCAUUCACAAACAAAUACCAACCGAUACCGUCAGAUGAAAUUUAGAAAAACAUAAGAUUGCCAGUCGUUUACUUGCAGAAAAUUUUUCCGUUGGAAACUAUAUGCCUAAAAUCCUGGCGAAUAUUCUACUCUGUUUCGUUUUCCUCUAUAGGUGGUUUUAUUUGAAAAAGGCAAGCAAGCGAAACGCAUAGCAUUGCGAGACAUCGACGAUGAUCUUCAGUCUGAGUAUAUCAAAACCACGGCUUCGGCUUUCGAGUUCCGAGCUCAUUGUGAGGGCGGGGCUAUCGUCGAGGGAAUGCUGCGCUAUCAUCCGUUUCUCUAUGACAGCGAGACCUAUCCACAGUUGUCUCCUGACUCAAGUAUGUGGUAAUGGGGAGAAGUUCGAGUGUUUGUUAAAUUCCGUUUGUUUAUACUGGAUAUUUCAGGACCAUCCUCAGAUAUCUGGAUAGCUCUAUCAGUAAACUGUUCUGCCUAGAGGUCCGGUAAAGAUCAUCUCUUAUUGAUCCAGUGUUACUACAGGAGGAAACCUAAACUAAACUAAUUUUAUUUAUACUGGAUAGCUCUAUCAGUUCUAAACUGUUCUUCCUAGAGGUCCAGUAAGGAUCAUCUCUUAUUGAUCCAGUGUUACUACAGGAGGAAACCUAAACUAAACUAAUUUUAUUUAUACUGGAUAGCUCUAUCAGUUCUAAACAGUUCUUCCUAGAGGUCCAGUAAGGAUCAUCUCUUAUUGAUCCAGUGUUACUACAGGAGGAAACCUAAACUAAACUAAUUUUAUUUAUACUGGAUAGUUCUAUCAGUUCUUAACUGUUCUCCCUAGAAGUCCAGUAAGGAUCAUCUCUUAUUGAUCCAGUGUUACUACAGGAGGAAACCUAAACUAAACUAAUUUUAUUUAUACUGGAUAGUUCUAUCAGUUCUUAACUGUUCUCCCUAGAAGUCCAGUAAGGAUCAUCUCUUAUUGAUCCAGUGUUACUACGGGAGGAAACCUAAACUAAACUAAUUUUAUUGAUACUGGAUAGCUCUAUCAGAUCGAAACUGUUCUCCCUGGAUGAUAUAAGUUUCUAUUUAUCCACAUGUAUUCUGUAUAGAAGCAAAUGACGAAGACGACUUGGAACCAAUGAUCGACAGCCGUGCUCCAAGAGGAAACAGACCUAUCUUUGAAUGUUAUUGGAACGGUCGUCUCAUUCCUUACACCGCUAUUGACUGGUAUGUUGAUGGUAGUGGUGGUACUGGUAUGUUGAUGGUAGUGGUAGUGGUACUGGUAUGUUGAUGGUACUGGUAUUGGUACUGGUAUGUUGAUGGUACUGGUACUUGGUAUGUUGAUGGUACUGGUAUGUUGAUGGUACUGGUAUUGGUACUGGUAUGUUGAUGGUACUGGUACUUGGUAUGUUGAUGGUACUGGUAUGUUGAUGGUACUGGUAGUGGUACUUGGUAUGUUGAUGCUACUAGUAGUGGUACUGGUAGUGUCUCCCAAUUUAGCUAGGCUUUCAAAAUAAGCCUGUCUGGUACAAAUAUUUAACAUUAUUCCUUAGUCCCCUCAUUCCUUAGAAGGGUCAGUUAGGGGCUAAUUCCAAGCCACCCUGUCAACAUUCCUUGUGGAAGAGGGAACCGGAAUAUUGUCACCUUCCGAUAAAAUACAGUACAUUUUCGAUGUAGUAUACUAUGGUAUAAGCACAUAAGAAAUUAAAGGAAUUAAAUCGGCAACAAAAUUUGAAAACCGCGACUAAUAUUUUUCUUGUAUGUUUGUUUUAAAGUCUGGAGUGGUGUGCUGCGCCAAAGAAGAGAACCAGUAUACCUGCUGAAUGUUACAACAG